CAGAAAUGCCGUGAUGCUCAGAUCUCGUCGAACCCCAGGGUAGGAGCCGCAAGCUUCUGGAUAUGACAUCGCGGAGGCUCCGCUGGAUCUUCCUCCUUCUGCUCUCCCUCACCCUGUUGCUAUGGUACAGUCGUCUCUCCAUGUCCGGGGUUACCAUGGUGAACACUGGUGUCCGUGGUUAUGUGAGGGUGUCCCCUGGACAAGUGGGGCAGAUUCUACAUCUGCAUUGUACUCGCUGUGCCGUGGUGUCCAGUUCGGGACAGAUGCUGGGUUCUGGGCGUGGUAGUGAGAUUGACAGACAGGAGUGUGUGAUUCGGAUGAAUGUCGCGCCCACUCGUGGGUUUGAGGCGGAUGUUGGGAACAGGUCAACUGUACGUGUGGUCUCACACACCAGUGUUCCUCAUCUGCUCAAGAAGGAGGAAUACUUCUUCGGGCAUGAUGCAGACACCUUGUAUGUGGUGUGGGGUCCUGAGAGAAAUAUGAGGCAGGAUGGGAAGGGGCGUGUUUUUAAUGCUUUGGUCAAACUGGCCAUGAAGUACCCACGUGUGAGAAUCUACGUGGUUACACAUGAGAAAAUCCAGUACUGUGACAGCGUGUUUCAAAACGAGACCGGCAAGAACAGAAUGAAAUCAGGGGCAUUUCUCAGUACUGGAUUCUUCACCAUGAUUCUGGCCCUGGAUGUGUGUGACAGUAUUCUGGUUUAUGGGAUGAUUGAUGGCUCCUACUGCAGUAACUCCAAUCGCACCUCUGUGCCGUACCACUAUUACGAGUCAUCUCGUCUGGAUGAGUGUAUGAUGUAUGGCGUUCACGAGCGGGCAAAGCGUGGAGGCCACCGUUUCAUCACAGAGAAAUCUAUCUACAGACGCUGGGCCUCGCAGGGGAGACUCCAAUUCGCAUACCCUAACUGGUCACCAUAG